AUGAUGAACGCAUCGAGCAUAUUCGCGCGCAAAGCCCUCGCAAGCACAACCACCGCGCUCAAGACCGUUGCGCUCAAUGCCGCUUCUCUCGAUGCCGCCAGAUGCAGAGCAAAGGCCCGUACCAAGAGAGCUGAGAAGAAGACCAAGAAAGCCAUGUCGUUGGUCAAGAAGGUAGUGAAGUUGCUGAAAGCAGAGAGGAAAGCCAAGGAGACCAAAAGGGAGAAAUCAGAAUCUCCUGAGCCGUACAAGUCCGAGGCUGAGCUGGAAGAGAUGCAUCAAAGAUACCAAGACGCCGGUCACAGAUAUCUCGAGCAAAAAGCAAAGCUUGAGAGAGACAUGCGUGAGGAUCGCUUGUCUGCCAAAGAAUACAAGCUGGAACUUGAAAAUGCCAGGAUUGACAUGGCCACCGUACAGCUAAAAAAUGGCUGGGGGGACAUUGAAUUCGUUCGAGCGUCCGACUGGAUCGAACGUAAAGCUGAAUGCAUGGCUUGGCAAGGCAGGUCCGAAUGUGGUUGGGAGGAAAAGUACUGGAGAACAUUGGCUUUCGCGGCUGAGUGCGUCGCUGAUGGUAGUGCAUGGGGGGUUGAGGGGCUCUUGUCCGCGGCACGAGAUUUCUUAAACGAGUGGGGUAUGUCCGAAUGA